UCUUUCGUCAGUUUGUUUUUGUUUUGAAAUCGUUUUGCGUUGUGGAAAUCAAAAGGCAAAUUCGGUGCGCGUUAAUUUACCGGGAAAUUAAACCUUCGUGCGGUGAUUUCGAUUAAAAAAGUGAUUAAUCGAGUGCGAAACAAUGUCGUUGUCUUACGGUGGUGCCAGCAGUGCCGACAGUUUCGGUUUCAACGCGAUGAAAAUCUUUGAGGUGGCGCGUGAUUGCUUGCCGGAUGAUCGGAAGCGAACGCAAAAUCUGGUGGAAACGAAAGACGAUGUGCUGUUUGUGUGGAAUUCGAAGAACUGCUGCGUGCUGACGUUGAAUUGGAGGGCGGCCAGUGCCAAGAAGGACGAGCAGCAAAAGUAUCAGACGCUAAUUCCUUCGGCACCGCAAAACUUUACCGUGGAGAAGAUUUUGCCAUCGACGGAAGGCACCUUUCUGGCACUGAGCGGCCCUCGAGGACUUUCGAUCCUGGAACUGCCCCGCCGCUGGGGACCCAAUGGACAGUACCAGAACGGGAAGGAGUGCAUCAUUUGUCGCUCAUACAACCUGGACGAACAUCUAUUCACCGAGAAUCCUAAUCUGGAGGUCCUACAAAUCCGCUGGCAUCCAGCAUCACCCACUGAUUCCCACAUUUUGGCUCUCCUGUCGGACAACUCGAUUCGCGUCUACGAUGUGGACUCGCUGCGGCAUGUGUGGCGUGUGGGUCCUUCGCCAGGACUUGUUAACGGUGGCCACCCGGCCUCUUCAUCAUCGCCAUCCCCAGGACACCACCACAGCACGUCCGCGAAGCUGGCCUAUCUGAGCAGCCUCGGCGACACGGCCGUUGAUUUUGACAUUGCACCGCCACGUGUGGUUUCGGCGACGGUCAACGGCAGCGACGAUACGACGGCACUCUCCAGCAGCAGGACCACCAUGGUCAACAUGAUGCGGGACAAUCUGAGCAUUUCUUCUCCAGUGACUACGGAUUCGUUUGUAAAAGCACAAAAACCAGACAACGGCAAAGUCGAGUGGCCUAUCGUGAUCCUUCGCGGUGACGGAAAUGUCUACAUCCUCUGUGCUGGUAUCGAUACCGAUCGCCCGAAGUUGCAGGGACCCAUUUCGAUACUGCCCCAAGUGGAGGACAACUAUGGUUUGGACUCUUGCUCCCUGGUGGUUAUUCCAUCACUGCCACCCACCAUAAUCAUUGCCGAAAGCAGCGGCAAAACCCAUCAUGCUCUACUUCUGGAAGAAGAAUUUCCGUUCCACAGAUCGUUCAGUGAACUGGACUCCAGCCUAGUCAUCUAUCCCUCGGAAUGGUACCUCCAGGUACUGGAAACUGUCGAACUGGAACUUGGUCUCACCGGAGUCGACGAAACCAAGUCCUAUUCCUGCCCAAUCCAUUUGAAGCGUGAUCCUCUCAACGAAUCUCGUUACUUCGCCUAUCACAACGCUGGUCUUCACGCAAUCACCUUGGAUUUCACUCGCCAACUAAUGCAAUUUGUUGAGAACGAAGAAGACACAACCGAUCGCUAUCCGCUGUUCACCUCUCAGAGCCGCGCUGAGUAUGUUGUCUGCACCAAAGCUCUCCAAAACAUGAGCUCCAAUGCCGUUCUCGGAUUUGCUUUGUUGCAAUCUCCCUCCGGAUUCUUGCUGCAGUUGGCAUCCGGUCAAGUCGUGACCCUGGAUUUGAUCAGCGAUCACCACUUGAUUCGCGAUUGGAAGGUUAAAUCAGGUUCAAAAUCUUUGACCGGUACGGAAUCCCCUCUGAAGAAACUGCUCAAGGAUCCUUUCCAGGAUAGGAUUCAAUCCAUUCUGAAGUCCGGCACCACCCAGCCAAUUCUGAAACUGGACAAAACCUCGGAACCCACCCCACAGGAAUCGUUCGAACUGUUGACCCAAGCCACACGAAUGUUGAGGGAACAUUAUUUCGUUAAGCACGAGAAAGCACGCCAGGAGAUCGAGAGGAGAGUGCACGUGCUGCGGCUGCUCAAGGAGCAACAGUUGAGUGAAAUCGCCCAGCUCCAGGAGGAGAAGCAGCAGAUUCGGGAAACGGCGGAACGUUUGGCUGAGAACUACGAGGACAUUUGCGAUAAACAGAAUGCUUUGUUCAAGAGGGCGCAAGAAGUGGUUCGGCUGGCAACACUGCGCCUUCCCAAAGGAUCGUUUUCCGAGAAAAGGUACGCAGAGAUGAUCGAAAAAAUCGGCAACGCUACCAAACAGUUGCAGAAGAACGUCGAUCAAGCCAAGCAGAAGAUCAGUGCCCAGCAGGUGCAGGUGGAGCAGAAGCAGAAGGCGUACAACGAGCGAAUUGUCGUGCUACCGAAGAAACAGGAAGUUAUCAUUCAGCAGAUCAUCGGUGAAAUGUACACACAAAUUGAUGGCUACGUCAAGGACAUAAAGAAGAUCAACAAUAUGUUGAAUCUGGCUUAAGUGGAUACAUAUGCAUUUCCUAUAACACUAGGGGACGUUUAAAUGUCUCAUGUAACUUUUAUAGUUAAUUACCAUGGUAUUUAUUUAAAAACCAGGUACUUCUACUUAAUAUUGGACUCUAUUGCAUAAAUUAAACUACAAUGUGUUGAAUGAAUAAUAUUUUACGCAUAAUAUUAUUGAUAAGAAUAAACCAUGGUUCAACCUAGAGACUUCUACCUAGCAAGUUACAUGAGACAAUUUAACCAACACCAGCAGAAAAAAAUCGUCAUUUGGAUAACGUAAGUAUAAGACACUUAAAUUUAAUAGUUUCAACGUUUUUACUGUACAAGGCUUCAAGCAUAAUAAAUAAAAAGAGAAUAAUGUUA